AUCGCCCCCACCAAGAUGGCGGCCACAGAGGCGUAUUUGCGCAUGCGCAUGCCGAAUCCGGAACUCAUCGGCACUGGCUUGGCAAUGGCGUCGUCCAUGAGCGGUAUGUUUCCCGGACAGCAGGCGCCAACCGCGCAUCCUAUUCCCGGCGUAGGUGGCCCGGGCCAGCCCGGUUUCCCCCUUGCGGGGAACCGGAGCCAGGGAAGCAACACGCUGGUAGACGAACUGGAAGCCUCGUUUGAGGCAUGUUUUGCAUCAUUGGUAAGCCAAGACUACGUGAACGGAACAGACCAAGAGGAAAUCCGAACCGGCGUGGACCAGUGCAUACAAAAGUUCUUGGACGUGGCUCGGCAGACGGAAUGCUUCUUUUUGCAGAAGAGGCUUCAGCUGUCUGUGCAGAAACCAGAACAGGUGGUCAAAGAGGAUGUAUCCGAGUUGCGCAAUGAGCUCCAGAGGAAGGAGAUGCUGGUACAGAAGCAUUUGUCCAAACUGCACCACUGGCAACAAGUGCUGGAGGACGUCAGCGUGCAGCACCGCAAGCCCAGUGACCUGCCGCCACCCGGACCCCUGGCCUUCCUGGAGCAGGCGUCGGCCAGCUUGCCUCCCGCUCCUUUAAAACCCAACUAAUGGAAUCCCCCUGUGGACGAUUCGCACAAGUCAAAUCAAGCCACAGGCUUGAUGGAGUAGACAGAACUGGAGAGUCGCUGUACAGGUUAUUCCCUCUGCCAAGGACAAAUCAUACAGUGUGAUCGCUGGUGGUUGGUCAUUUGAGGAAGAACAGUUUCAGGAUUCUUAAAAAAAAACAAAAAAAAAAAACAUACAG